CGUUGUGCAAUAACAAAUAAUUUCUGCUGACUGCUAGAAUUAAUCUGAAUAUCGGUACUAGAUUGUCUGUAUUUAGAAACUGAUGAAACUUAUAGACAUAACUUGCACGUUGUUUCAGAAUACGAUGCUUAGUCAAAGCACAAUUAUAUUUUGAAGUGAAGACAUUCUAUCCGCAGAUAUAGAUUACAUGAUGACGAACAGACUGUCAACGCAGAAUACUCUGUUGACCAGUCUGACUCAAAACAAGCCGUUGUUAUCCAGUUCAUUGUUAUCAUCUGGAUCAACGUCGUCUGGCUCCACACAAAAUGAAAAAGAUGCCAGAAAACGCAAAUCACAAGUAACCUUCGAUAGUGAAACAAAGAAAGUCCGAGAAAUAUCUAAGUUGUCAGACACGUUCGGUACUAAUUUACGACUGACGUCAUUAAAUCUUGGAACUUCAUUGUUAACAUCGGGACUGUCAUUGACUUCUUCUUUGACAACAGGGUCAUUAUUGGGGUCACAGUCACAAUCAGGUAAUUUGAGGUCAACUUAUUUGAACUCCGUUUCAAAAGAUACAAGCAAUGAAUCAUCGAAAAUAGGUCUAGUUCAUGACAUUAGGUCAAAACUCAAAGAUCAAAGUAUUAAAUCUCCUGUCACGAAACGUAAAGAGAAUGCAUUGACCAAGUUGUCGCCAGAGUCUAGAAAGGUCGUGAAAAAGAAGGAAAAGAAAUCUGAUAGAAUAAAACACGAAGUAGCCGUGAAAUACUACAGCAUCGAAUAUCCACAGUAUAAUCUACAGCGUGACAGUGUCGUCACGGAGAUACACUUACCCAAAUUUUUACCACCAAAAAAAGACAGAAAUUUACUUGGUAAUAUUCACAGACCUUUACAGGAUGUUAAUGGGCUGAAGCUUGGUUUGAUAAAUGCUGUCAGCGCUUCGUUAAUCAGUCAGCCCAACUUUAAAAAUGCAAAAGAUCAAACUCGUCUCGAUUUAACUCGCUUCACAGAGAAAGUCAUCUCCUAUGAUGCCGAGUUUGUUUUAAAGGUGGCCCUGUACACAAGAAAAGAAUUAAAUAUUCGUACAACUAGUAACUUCCUUCUCGCUCUUGCCGCUAAAGUAUCAUCUUGUCGGCCAUAUUUAAAGAAAUAUUUUUCUAUAGCCAUCAACCUGCCAUCUGAUUGGAUAGAAGUAGCAGAGAUUUAUCAGGCAUUCCAUGAUGCAGAUAUUAAUUUUAGAUCUCUACCCGCCUGUCUGAGACGAGUGAUGAUCGCUAAAUUUCCUGAUUUUGAUAAAUAUCAAUUAGCUAAGUAUAAUAAAGACAGUUCAAAAAAUAAAAAUAAGAAGGAGAAGCAGGGAAGCUUUAGAGGAAGGGGAAGAGGACGAGGUGGAGGACGUGGGAGAGGAAGAGGUGGACGUGGAGGAGUGACAAUAGCAAGUACAGCUAAACCUUCCGACUCGGACAGUGAUUCAGAUGAUGAAGAAAAGAAAUAG